CCACGUCCUGCACUGGCCCCCAGAGGUGCUGCUGGUAGAAGGUCUCUAGGGCCCUCCUGCCUGGGCAGUCCAGCUGCUGUUCAGGAGAGAGCCAGUGCACAGCACCCACAGCCUCCUGCUCCUCGCCUUCCCCCUCCUCUUCGCUGCUGGAGGAGCUCAGGCCACUGCUGCUGUCACACUCAUCAAAGUCCUGCUCCGUGGCCAUCCAGAAGAGCCCAAAGAGCAGCACAAGGCCUGCAGCAAAGGCCCCAAACUGCCACAGGUCCCAGGUGGCGAAGACCACAUCUCUCCUGAAAAGUCCGCUCUGCGGCUCCUGCAUCAUCUCCGCAAACUCCUGCUGCAGCCGAGUCAUCAGCUCCACCUCCUGCUCCUUGCGCUGCUGCAUGCACUGCUCCAUGGCCACAUCCAUGUGGUCACUGACCUUCAGCGGCUGCAGGACAAUGCCCAGCAUGGCGAGGAGGAGCGCAAGACCCCCAGCCAUAGCCUACCUAGAGGAGGUGGGAGAGAAGCAGAUGCCGGAGAACCCAGCCGACUACCAGAAAUAUUAUUGCCAUAUGAACAAGGGUGGCUUCCCCUUCAGCACCCGGGACUGCGGCUGGAUCGUGGCUGACUGCACGGCAGAGGGGCUGAAGUCGGUGAUGCUGCUGCAGGAGAAGUGCCCCUUCCUAACCAAGCCCGUCCCCUCUGAGCGCCUCUUUGACGCCGUGAAUGUGUUGCUGAGCAUGAGAAACUCCGAUGGAGGCUUUGGCACCUAUGAAACCAAGCGAGGAGGUCGCUUACUGGAGCUGCUGAACCCCUCGGAGGUGUUUGGUGACAUCAUGAUCGACUACACCUACGUGGAGUGCACGUCGGCCGUCAUGCAGGCGCUCAGACACUUCCACGAGGUCUUCCCUGAGCACAGGGCCCCAGAGAUGAGGUGAGACGCUGAGAGGAGAGUGGGGCAGGGGGAAAACAGGCUGCAGUGACCCAUGCUGCCUGCCAUGGCCCCAGCUGAGACGGGCCCUGCUGAGCCUUGUCAGGGCCCUCUGUGUUGGCAUGGAGCUGCCCUUGGCACCUUCAAGGCUGGGAUGCUGCUGACGUCUCCAAACCAGAGCUCCCUGUAAGAGGCUGGGGCCUAGCCUGGCUCAAGGAGCGGGGCGCAGGCCAUUUGUCUUCAUGGCAUGAGGCAGGGGGGACCUGGUGAAGAAGCUGCCUGUCUCUUCACUUAGCGGUUGCCUCCAUCUUG